AUGGAAGAAAUACAAAAAGGAACGCGCAUAGGGCCGCUGCCUGGGGGUCGCCGGGGCGCGUCUGGAGCUGGCGCUGGACGCGGCAGCAUGCGGGCCGCCAGCCGAGCGCGAGGAGCUGCACGAUCACCUAGCAGCCCCUCGCAUCCAUCAUCCCCACCAGAAGGCUUGGUGUCGGCUGGGUCUUCUCGGACCCAGCAAGCGGCACCCGCCGCUGGUGGAGCACGUCGCAUGCGUUGGACAAAAUCCAUGAACGAAAACGCAUUGCGGGCGUACUAUAGGGCGAAAGGGAAAGAAACUGUGGGAAUAGCGUAUAGGUCUCGGAUGCAUUGCUUUUUUGCUGAGCUGGAGCCGUCUAUCCCCGUCACGGAACAAAACCUGGCAGACCGAGUUCGGUACAUCAUGCGCUCGAAAAUAUUUGAUGAUGCCGAACUCGAACGACUACGACGUGAGGCUAUUCCGUCGUCGAAUGAAUCGGCUAUGGCUGGAGAUGCAGCUCCACAUUCGACAGACCAGCAUCCACACGUGGAAGCCGCCAUGGAUCUUCCAGUUGUGGUUGAUUCGAACGACGAUGAAAUAGUCUCCCACGAACUAGAGCAAAUGAGGAGUAUAUUGGAAGAGGCGAUUUUGGAAACGCGCAGCACCCCUCUCGAAAAUCGACCGCGACUUCCCCCGCAUACCCUUAAGCAAGCGAAAUCGGGCUGUCGUGAGGGCUCUUAA